AUGUUGGGUGGUAAAUAUUUAAACUUAAAGCUUUUCAGCGAAAAAAAAGACGCCUUAACAAGUAUAUCUUCUGAAAAUAAUAUACAAAAAAACAAUAAGACAGAUUUUGAGAAUAUGGAAACUAAUGAUAACACAAAUCAAGAUCAAAGAAAACUAUAUAGUAGAGAUAAAAGAAUUAUACAUGAAGGGUGGCUAAAUAAAUGGACCAAUAUAAUAGGGAAUUAUAGGCCUAGAUAUUUUGUUUUAGAAAAUGGAAUUUUAAGAUAUUCAAUCGAUAAAUAUUUACCAACAAAAGAAACUUUUGUUUUAUCUCAUUGCAAAAUAAGGGUAUGUCCUGGUGAUCCUUUACAUUUUGAGAUCGACACAAUUGAACAAGGAAUAUUAUAUUUAAAAGCUAAUUUUCCAGAAGAUAAACAUAAAUGGUAUAUAUCUUUUAAAAGGGCCCAACUUAAUUAUUCACAAGGAAAUUAUACACACAAUAAAAAACAGAAUUAUAUUCAUCUUAAUAAUUUAAAUGGUUCAACAAAUUCUGAAUUUUUAAAAAAUAUAAUUAAAAAUACUAAUGAAUAUAUGAAAAAACAAUCAAUAAGUUAUAUUUUGAAAAAUAAUGAAUAUACAAAUUCUUCCAAUUUAACAUUACACAAUGAGGAGGUAAAGAAAACACACUCUACUACAACUAUUUUAGGAACAAUUAAUAAAGAAGUUAUAAAUGAUACUAUUAGUGGUAAAAACAAUAAGAAUGAUGUUAAUUUUUGUGACAAUCAAAAUGAAAUAAAAGAACAAUUAAUUCAAGAACGUGGUUCUAAUCUCUACACACCUAACUAUGAAAUACAAGAAAUAAAAAUAGAUAAAGAAAAAGAACAUAUUGGAGGAAAAAUAAAAAAUAAAAUGAAAAAUAAAAUAAAAAAUAUUGAAGAAUUGUUUAUAAAUUCAACCGAUUUUGAAGAUAAAAAUCCAACACUUUGUCUUAUGGAAAAUAUUGUUACUUUAAGAGAAAUAAUUAGAGAUUUAAUAGAAUAUUCAGAAUAUGAUAAAGCUAAAUUAAUUUUAAAUAAAAUAAAAUCAGAAAAUAAUUUUAAAAUGAAUAAUGAUGACAUACCUAUUUUAUUAUAUAAACUAUAUUCUUCAAUUGAAUAUAUUGAUAUUGUUGUUGAAAAAUAUAUUAACUGUUCAGAAUUUUUAUUAAAAGAAGAAAAUAUGCAAUCAAAAGUUAUGAACAAGUCAUUAAAAUUAUUGGCUAAAGAAAAUUAUUUUCUUGAAAAAUCAAAAGAUAUUCAAAAAAAUAUUAACAAUUCAAAAGAAAAAGAAGACAAAAAAAAAAAUCAAACAUUAUUUUUUGAAAAUAAUCAAGAAACUGAAGAUGAGAUAGAACAAAAUGAUGAUAGUGAUUUAUUCUUUGAUUGUGAUGAUGACGAUUCUUACAAUGGUGAAGAAAAUGGAAUUAUAAACACGUAUACACAAACAACUAUUUGUAAGAACGAUAAUAGCAAUAGUAAUGAUAAUGAUAUGGUUGAUAGUAGCGUUAGUUUAGAAAACACAAAUGUGGAAAGCAUAGAUAUUGAAGACAGCCAAAUUGGUAAAAAAAUUAAAAACGGCAAAGAAAAUGAGGAUAAUGAUAAAAAAAACGAAACAAUAUGUUAUGAUAACAACAAAUCAAUUAAUAGGAUAGAAAUCGAAAAAGAAAUACCAAUUCAAGAGGAUAAUAACAAAAAUAAAGAUAAAUUUGAAUCAAAAAAUGAAGAAUGUUAUUCAAUCGAUAGAUGUGAAAAUACCAAAAUGGAAAAUUGUAUAAGUAGUAGUGAUGAUGAGAAUGACGAUAGAAAUAUGCUAAUAAAUAUGUGCAAUCGAAAAAAUAAGAAAUCACUAAAUUUUAGGAAUAUAGAUAUAUAUACAGAUAAAAGUAUUAAGAGACGAACAAAAUUACCUAGCCCAAGAACAGAUAUAAAAAUAAGUAUGUGGUCUUUAUUAAAAGAUUGUAUUGGAAAAGAUUUAUCACGUAUUGGAAUGCCAAUUUAUUUAAAUGAACCGUCAUCAUUCCUUCAAAGAUUAGCUGAAGAUUUCCAAUAUAUAUAUUUAUUAAAGCAUGCAUCUAAUCAAAUAGAAAGUACUAGUAGAUUAGCAUUUGUAACAGCAUUUACAAUAUCUCCAUAUGCUUCAGUAAUUGGUCGAACAUUUAAACCUUUUAAUCCAUUAUUAGGAGAAACAUAUGAAUUAACACACAGAAAUUUUUAUUUUUUAUCUGAGCAAGUAGUUCAUCACCCUCCUAUUACUGCAUAUCAUUGUCAUAAUGAAUAUAUGGAAAAUUUUGCUAGCAUUAUAGUAAAUGUACAAAUAUUGGGAAAAUCUGUUGAAGUGAUUACACCUGGAUAUAGUCAUCUUUUAUUAAAAUUAAAAAAAAAAAAAAAAUCUUCUCCAACUUCUAGCGUAGCUGAUAAUAAAACUGUAGAUAAAACUAUAGAUAAAACUAGUGAAAAAAAAACAAACCAACAUAUUAACAUGGAUAAUAAAAAAAAUAAUAAUUAUUAUUAUGGAAAUAAAAAAAUAGACUCGGAAAUUAUUAGGAAAAAGGAAUCGUCAAACGGUUUAUUUCCUGUAGACAUCGAAAAAAAUGAAAAUGAAGAUGAGAAUGAAGAUGAGAAUGAAGAUGAGAAUGAAGAUGAGAAUGAGAAUGAAGAUGAGAAUGAAGAUGAAGAUGAAAAUGAAGAUGAAGAUGAGAACACGGCCAAGUUUAACACUCCUAAUAACAAUAAAGAGGUGGUAAAGGAAAGUAAUGAAUAUGUUGAAGAAGAUGGAACCGAACAUUAUACUUAUCAACGAGCUAAUAUGAUUAUACAUAAUAUAAUAUUCGGAAAAAUAUGGGUAGAAUUGUAUGGAAAUAUAUUAAUAAGAAAUCAUAAUAAUGGUGAUUUUUCUAUUGUUAGCUAUUUAAAAAAAGGAUGGUUUGAUAAUGAAAUACAUAAAAUAAGAGGAAUAGUAUGUGAUAGAUUUAAAAAUGUAAUAUUUUAUAUUUAUGGAAAAUGGUCACAAGAAAUAUAUAUUGCUUAUGUAAAAAAUUUAAAAAAAAUGAAUUAUGAUACAUAUUUUUUUAAUGAAGAUGGAACAGAAAAUUCAAAUUAUUUUAAUAGAAACAAUUUAAAUGAAUUUAUUAAUAAUUUUGAUUGGAAAUUUUAUGAAGAUAAUAUAAAUAAUUUACAUUCUAUAUGUGUUUGGAAAGCACAAACAAAACCAAAAAAUAAUGAACUUUAUUAUGGUUUUAAUAAUAUGACUAUGGAAUUAAAUGAAAUUUCACCUGAAUAUGACAGGUCAAAAGGAGCUUCAAUAGCUUGUACUGAUAGCCGAUUUAGACCUGACCAAAGAAAUUAUGAAAAUGGAAAUAUCGAAAUUGCUAUGGAUGAAAAACAUCGAUUAGAAAAUAAACAAAGAAUGAAUGCAAAAAAAUUUACAAAAAAUAAUCCAUAUAAGCCUAAAUGGUUUACCAAAAACAAAGACCCUAUUUAUAAAGACAAAGAAAUAUAUCUAUUUAAUAAUACAUAUUGGGAAACUAAGAAAAAUCGAAAAUUUACCGAUACACCUGAUAUAUUCUAG